AUGGAAAUGUAUCCAGAGGCAUUGAAAGCAAAGAUGAUGUCUCGAGAUGAGAGCAAAAAGAAGAACCGGGCACAUACCAUCAUGUCUGCAGAAGAGGUGGCAGCUGGGAAGAAAUCCUACUGGAUGGAGCUGGAAAUCUCAGUUUUUAACUGGAUCUCUUGCCUUGGGACAGGAACUAUCCGAAACCUGAGUCCAAAGCUGUGGCAGUUUCAACACUUGACCUCCCUGUACCUGAAUGACAACAAUCUGACCCGACUUCCGUCAGAGAUCUCACGCCUCACUUCCCUCCAGUACUUGGACCUCUCCUGCAACAAACUCCGCAGUCUCCCAGCUGAAUUGGGCGAUCUCGUCUUGCUCAGGGAGCUCCUGUUGAACCAUAACCUCUUGAGGGUCCUCCCAUAUGAGCUGGGAAGGUUGUUCAACCUUCAGGUGCUAGGGCUGAAGGGGAACCCUUUGUCUUCAGAUCUGCUUGCCCUCCAUUCUGAACCCAAUGGGACUCAGAAGCUCAUCACGUUCAUGCUGGAUAAUCUUGCAGUGUCGGUGAGUCAUCCCCCGCAGCGGCCUUGGAUCCCGAUGGCCCACCCCGAUGGAUCUCGGCCUUCGUGUAUCUUCACUGUGAUGUGCUACAACGUGCUGUGCGAUAAAUAUGCGACUCGUCAAGUGUACGGGUAUUGCCCGACCUGGGCCCUGGACUGGGAAUACAGGAAGGUGCGGAUUAUGGACCAAAUUCGACACACUGCCGCCGAUAUCAUCACCCUACAGGAGGUGGAGACGGAGCAGUUCUACGACUACUUCCUGCCGGAGUUGAAGAGGGAUGGCUACGAUGGCAUCUUCUCGCCCAAGUCCCGGGCCAAGACCAUGACGGAGAGCGAACGGAGGCACGUCGAUGGCUGCGCCAUCUUUUUCCGCACUCGCAAGUUCCAGUUGGUGAAGGAGCACCUGGUCGAGUUCAACCAGCUGGCGAUGGCGAACCACGAGGGCUCGGACGAGAUGCUCAACCGAGUGAUGACCAAGGACAACAUCGGCCUCGCCGCCCUCCUCCACACGAAGGAGCCUGCCUGGGAAAACAGUCUUCCUCCCGAUGCGGUGGAGGUCCCCCUGCUGGUGUGCACGUGUCACAUUCACUGGGACCCAGAGUACUGCGACGUGAAGCUAAUUCAGACGAUGAUGCUGAUGAACGAGCUGAAGAGCAUAGUAGAGCGGGAGGGCACGUCGCAGAUGUCCCUCCGCCCCAACAGCAACCCCGCCUCCACCUCGCCUGCCUCCAACAUCCAGCUCAUGCUCUGUGGUGACUUCAACUCGCUGCCCAAUUCUGGGGUCAUUGAAUUCCUGUCCAAGAGUCGGGUCUCGGCAGAUCACCCAGACUUCAAGGGUUUGGGCUACAAGAGCAGCUUGCAUCGCUUGUCUUCAACGUCGAAGAACAAUGAAUUCACUCAUCCAUUCCACCUCUCUUGCGCCUACUCCCCCGACAUCAUGCCCUACACCAACUAUACGUUUGACUUCAAGGGGAUGAUCGACUACAUAUUCCACUCGGAAUCGAGCAUCCGAACCCUCGGCCUCCUUGGCCCCAUCGACCCUGACUGGAUGGCCAACAACAAAAUCAUUGGCUGUCCCCAUCCCCACAGCCCUUCAGAUCACUUCCCAUUGCUGGUACAGCUGGAGAUGCAGAGUCCAGCACAAAAUGCUCCAAGCAAUGGCCUCAUCCUCCCACGGUAGCAACACCGCUAGGUUUGCUACGACACCCCCGUUCUUCCUCUCUUUCUCUCUCUCUCGCUCUCACUUUUCCCUCAUGUUUUUCAUCUUGUAUUGACUCGGAUCUCAGCCGUCUCCUCUGUUCCGUCUCGCCGUACAGGAUCUGCCCGGCCGCAGUCACAGCGUUUACCUGCAUGGUUUCUCCGUUCCCGAGUCGGGAUAAGAGUCCUUCAAAAAGACAAUUUUUUUUCCCGGUGUGACUGCUCGCGAGACAAGCCUGAAAUUCCUCUUUCCCAUGUUGUGGAGUACUGUGUUGUACUUGGCAUUCAGAUCAGCAUGAAAAAGAGAGAGAGAGGAAGUUUGAGGCCCGAAAAUAUUUAAAACCAGUUCCCUUUUUGGCUUUGAUUUUUUUUUUUCUAUUCCCCCCCUGCUUCCACAGUACAAAGGAGUUAGAGCACACUGUCGUCUGUUAGGACUAUUCCAGGACUAUUCACUUUCUCUCUUUUCCCUCUCUUUCCUUCCCUCAUUUCUGGGAAAAGUAAUUACUUCAUAGGUGAUAAGUUUUGUGAUAAACUUCACUUUGAUUUUCUACUUCCCAUCUCCUCACUUUUUUAACUGUUGACUCAUUUCAAUUUUUUUUUUCACUGCCAUGAUUGUGCAAAUGAUAUGGCAGAAAAUCCAUGGAAUCAUGAGUUUUGCCUUGCAAAAAUCCUUGCAAAUUUCUUCUCAUGUCUCUUGAAUGUUCUCGGUUCAACAAAGCAUUUCUCACAUGUUAGAGACAUUUUCCCUGCUUUGGUUGCCUAGCAUCUGGGGAAACUUCCCCUGGUGGAAAGUUUUUUUUUUUUUUUUUACUAAGUUAAUUUUUGUUAUAUUGGGGGAACAACAUUCCACGGGUGGGAGUGGAAAAGCGUUUCUUUU